UAGUUGUGAGCAAGCAGAACUAGCUCAGACCAACCAUGGCUUUCUCUUCUUUCUCUUUAACUUUCGUGUCUCUGCUCUUGAUCUCUUCCUUUUUUCUAUUGAGUGUUUCAGAGGCAAAAUCUGAGUCUUCCCAUCAUUUGGUGAAGGGACUCUCAUGGACAUUCUACAAAUCCAAAUGCCCUGAGGUAGAGAGCAUCGUUAGGAAACAUCUUAAGAAGGUUUUCAAAAAGGAUAUUGGCCAAGCUGCAGGCCUUCUCCGCCUUCACUUCCAUGAUUGCUUUGUUCUGGGAUGUGAUGCUUCAGUGUUGCUGGAUGGUUCAGCAAGCGGCCCAAGCGAGCAGGAACAACCACCCAACUUAACCUUGAGAGCUAAGGCGUUUGAGAUCAUCAACGACCUCCAAGCCCUAGUCCAGGAGCACUGUGACGCUGUCGUCUCCUGUGCUGACCUCGUCGCUCUUGCUGCCCGUGAUUCCGUUUUUCUGUCCGGGGGUCCCGAUUACAGAGUGCCCUUAGGAAGGCGAGACAGUUUAAGCUUUGCCACAAGAGAAGCAACCCUAGCGAACCUGCUACCCGGCACCAGCAACACAAGCGCAGUCCUCGACUUGUUGGCCACCAAGAAAUUGGAUGCCACCGACGCCGUCGCACUCUCCGGUGGCCACACGAUCGGCAUCGCCCAUUGCUCUUCCUUCACCAACCGCCUCUACCCUACCCAAGACCCCACCAUGGACGAGACAUUCGCCGCCGAACUCAAGAGUACCUGCCCAGAAUCCGCCACUGACGACGCCACUACCUUCGAUGAUAUCAGUACACCCAACCUGUUCGACAAUAAGUACUUCGUUAACCUCGUGAAUCGAAAAGGACUCUUCAACUCCGACCAAGACCUUUACAUGGACAGCAGGACCAAGGACAUCGUCACCAGCUUCGCAGAGGAUGAGGCUCUGUUCUUAGAGAAGUUCGUUCACGCCAUGAUGAAGAUGGGUCAGCUUAAUGUGUUGACGGGGAAGAAGGGAGAUGUUCGUACCAAUUGCUCCGCUCUCAACUCCGAUACGUACUUGUCGUCAGUGGUGGACGGUGACGAUGACGACGAGCAGAGCUCCGAGUUAUAAGUUC